UUUGAUCAAUGAAUUGCGAUCAUUUGUGUACUUUGGAAUUGUUGAAGUGGAAAACAACUUUACUGGACGGAAAAUAAAGUAUUCGCUACUUUACAAUUGUCCAACGGUGCAGUGAAACGACCUAACUCAGAAAAAGGGUGAAACCAUUUUGGCGGUGUCAAAAUGCCAGCCGAAUAUUACGAUGAAGAUGGGUUUCGGUUGACGUUUGAUAAUGAAACGGCGGACGAGGAGAAGCAGUUUUACAUGCGCGUUUUCCCGAACGUAAGCAAGAUCGCUGAUCGCAAAGUUCACUGCACUACAUGCGAUACGCACAUCGGUACGGCUCCGGUAACGGAAGCGAUCAUUCGGAUGCAUCCGGUGUUGCGGUUAACGCACUGCCGAAGUUGUCAUGCAUUUUACAACAGUGGCGAAUUCGACAAGGGUGAAGAUGGCAGCGAGCUUUAUUGCCGCUGGUGUGGCCAAGGCGGUGAAGUUUACUGCUGUUCUCGGUGUCCGUACGUUUUCUGCAAGAAAUGCAUCACGCGAAAUCUUUCGAAGGAGUGUGUGCGGGACAUUGUGGAGAACGAAAACUGGCACUGCUUCAGCUGUGCUCCCAACAUUUUGUGGCUACUACGUGCACAACACUGGGCGCUGGAGAACUACAUCGAAAAACAAAAAAAGGAAAUAAAAAACCAGCAACUAUCUGGCAGCACUAUUAGCGCACUGAUGAAACAGGAUCGUACGUACUGCUGUCAGAGCAAAGGUGUAGCCCGUUUGAAAGGAAGCAGCCCAGCUGUAGCUUCUGUUUCCAAGAAAGCACCCAAACGCACGUACAGCGAAUCGGGAACGAAAAGGAAAUCUUCCCAAGAUAACACAGCAUCAUUUUCGAAAAGCUCAACCAACUUAGGGUCUCAAUUAACGCACUCUAUUCUGGGGGAUUUAGGCAUGGAUAAUACACCGGUUGCGUCAUCGUCAACUGCCAUUGCGUCAAGUUCUUCAUUUGCAAUGAAACCAACUUCAUCAGGAAAGGCAUCUGCAUGCAUCGGGCAAAAGAAACAACCAAAAGCGGUUACGUUUGACAACAAAUCACCUUCAACGUCCUCACCACCGGUAAAGAAACAGCGCGUGGGAAAUAACGAAGUAGUCUGCACACCGGACAUAUUGAGCAUGUUAACUGAUGAAAAUCCUGUGGGUGAAAAAACCGCGUCCAGGCCGCAAAUUGUUUCCGUCGGCACUAAAGCACCGAUUCCUAUUGCUCCCAAACCCGUUGGGUUCGGCAACCCCCCCGCUUCUGCUAUGGUACCGCUGUCGAUAGGAAAUGUUACGUCUGGUGUUAGUACGAAGACGAAUAUUCCGAAGCAAAAAGUUAUCCUGCACCAGUCUAUGCCUCGUAAUUUGGCGGUUAGCGUACCGGCAAAGCGGGUCGGUCUGACGUCCACGAGCGGACAGGCGGAUUCCGCUUCGAAACAAGAGCCAGUAACGCAUACCGUACGUGUACCGUCGUCAACAGGUCAAAAACAGUCUAACACAGGCACACCUUUACUAGCUAUGUUCGAAGGUUUCAAAAUUGAUUUACACACUGCCAGCCAGCAGGGAACGUAUCGAUUACCGAACGGUAAGGUAAUAUCCGUGCGGAGGCAAUUGUUGGAUAAUGCAGCAGCAACGGACGCGCCUGCCAAGCAGUUGCAAUCGGGUGUUGCGAACGCUUUAUUACCGAUGCCGUCUGGUGGUCUUGUCCCAAUUCCAACAGCUCGUUUGCUACUAAAUAAUAAUACACAGGUGCAGCAGGUAGCUGGUCCGGCGAUCAUUCGUAACGGUCAGGAUCAACAGUUGAGGCGCAUGCAACAACAGCAAUUGCAAAAGCAGCAACAUUUGCUGCAGCAACAGCAGCGCUAUCAGCAGCAGCAACAGCAUUUGCAACAACAACAACAGCAAUUGCAGCAACAAAUAAACAUGCAGAAUCAAUACCCACAGCAGAUGCAGCGGAUUCAGCAACAGCAGCGAAUGCCACUUGCUCAGAGUGGACCACAAGUAACGCCUACGCGAAUGCAGCAGUCCCUACAUCAGCGUCCACCGUUGCAUACUCUGCCACCGGGACCUGGUGUUGCCAGACAGUCUGCUUAUUCCGUACCCAAUGCAACAGUAGUUCAAGGUACUCCAGAUUCUACUCAGACAGAGUGGGAUAAUUUGCAUCCGUAUUCGAUAGUGCAAGUCCUCAGUGGACUAGUGAAUGGACCACACGAGAACACUCAGCUCGGUAGUUCCCGGAAGGACUUUGAAAAAGCAAUGCUGGCGGGGGCAGAGAUUUGUAAGCACAUUCUGGCCAAGAUCGCCACGCUAGUUAAUUCCAAAUCGUACAGCAAUGUGCGCAAUCUCCAUGAUCUGAAGGAAUUGUUUAUUCAUCUGUCUUACCUCGUGACAUACGGUAUUGGACGCUUCAAGACACUUCAUGACCGUUGUGUGAAUGACGUUAAGAAAAUGGGCUUUACACAGGAUUCCGACUUUGUUAUGGUAGGCGAUAGGAUGGUGAAUUGCACUAAAGAAGCAGAUAGCCAAAGCGAGAAUGAAGAAGAUGACGAUUGCAAAAUCAUCGAGCAGCCCCAAACGAUUAUUGAAGUUGAUUCGGACGAUGAAGUACCACCAAGUGAGGAGGGUACGGCGGAACAAGCAAAACAAGCUGUUGCCAUUGAAAUCAAACAGCAGUCUGCCACAGAAGAAUCCAUGUCGCUUACAGUGGGAGAUAUCAAGGUAACUUGGAAUGUGGUCGGCGUUGUCGACAAACCGUCAGAAUCAAAGGAUACUGAUGUCGCAACUUCGAGUGUGCCAAUCACCGAUAAAAAAUCGGAAGGGGGUCAGGGAGCCAGUCAGGUAUCGACAAAGGUUGUUGAAAGUAGCACAUCGACAAAAGAUCAAGUUUGCAUUAAAUCGAGUAAGGAUCAGAAAAAUCCUACUACCGGUGAUACUACCGCUACCGAUGCCGCCACAGAACGUACCAAACUUUCUCGGAAUGAUGCUCAAGAUCCGCAAAGCAAAUCAUCUGCAAACGACAACAGCGAAAUUCAGAAGAUUGCGGAAGAUAAAGAUGAGCAAGUGGAACUAAUCGAAAUAUCCGAUAAAGAAGUAUCGGAACUGUUGGACAUCCAUACGAGCAACGAUGAAGCAACAUUGAAAGAAAGUUCAAGCGAACCGACGGAAACCGUUGAAUUGAUAAUAGAGCUGGAUGAAGAUGUUGCUCUGCUGGAAAAACAAGAUGGUUCAAAAGAAUCCGAGCGAGAAAAUGCCGUCGAUAGAAUCGUUACAGUCAGCAAAUGUGAUGUAGUAAAAACAACCGGCAUAAGGGAUAAUAAAAACGAUGGUACAAGCAAGCAUUCUGAUGUUACGAAUGAAAGUUCUACCGACGAAAAGGAUCGAGUUGAAUCUGCGAACAAAUCUGAAUCCGAUCAAAACGCUCUCAACGCUAAUAAAGAUCCAUUUGCUGCUGUAGAGAAAUCCCAACAAAAAGAUGAGAUAGAUACUAUAACUGGGACAGAUUGUGAACAAGGCACGCUCAAUGAAACUACGCUGCUUGAUGAGUUGGAACGCUCGUCCAAGGGAAGCAGCAGUGAAAUUCUAAAUUUAAUGGAUGCGGCUGAUGAUAGCUACCAUAGCGAUAUAUCCGAUUUAGAAUAUAGCUCUGAAUACGUCAUGCAGGAUACAGAAAAUCAAUUGAGCGCAACACUUGACUACAAUGAGGCAUCAUCGAAAGGAAAAGCAGCUGUGGAAGAUAAUUGUGAAAAUAACACUGCAGUUCCCGUGGAAAGCACCGAAACUGCGUCAGAAGAUCAAGUUCCAAACGAGCAGCAGAAUGAACUAUCUCAUGUUUCCAAAGAGCUGAGUGUGAAUGAACCAAUAGAAGCAAUUGAUCUAUUGGAUAGCAGUGAAGAAAGUGAAACUAGCAAAUCCAACGUCUUGCGUGAUGUUGAUUUAUCAGAAGAAGGUACACCAGAUUCAGAAAUUGUUGAAAAAUCAUCUAGUAGGCCAAAAGAAGGUACAGUAAAUUCAGAAAUCGGUGGAGAGGAAUCGUCUGUCAUAAGGGAUCAGACCGUAGAUCCAACUGAGGAUGUUAAUGAAACACAGGGUAAUAAUUCCACUAACUACGUAUCUGCCGUAGGAGAACCGGAGAAAACGGCCAUAAUGGAGGUUGAACCGGAAGACAAAGUAGAAAAUGAGAUGGAUGAAAAGGAACAGGAUGAAAAGGAAGCAAAGGAAAAAGAUGAGAAGGAAGAAAAGGAAAAAGAUGAGAAGGAAGAAAAGGAAAAAGAUGAAAUGGAAGGAAAGGAAAAGGAUGAGAAGCAAAGAAAAGAAAAAGAUGAGAAGGAGAGAAAUGACAAAGAUCAAAUGGCGAAAAACGAGGAGAAAAAGUUGGAGACAGAUGAGAACAAAGAAGCGGAGAAAGAUCAGAUGAAAAUCAUAGAUGAGCUUGAUUCCAACGAUUUCACAGACAAGAACAAACAUGCUCCCGAAAGCACUCCGAAAGAUGUUGAUGCCGAAAAUAUGAAAGCGAGCAGUGGUUCUAUUGAGCUACAGAAUCUAAACAAGGAAGCUCUCGAUGAAUGCAGCACCGAUGAAGUUACGCAUGAAAUUGCUGAAAAACCGGAUUCAACUGAUGUGGAUUGUAAGCGAGAUGUUUCCACAAGCGAGUCAAAGAAUGAUGAAGAAGAAAUUUUUCAAGAAAGUUCAAAUGAAAAAACUGAUCAGGAACCAAUGGACGUAGACGCCGAUAUGCAGUCAUCAUCGGUUGAUGUUGCCAUCGUGGAAAAGGAACAUGAACAGCCAAUGGAAAUUGCUGAUGAAGUAACAGAAGAUUCUCAGACAAUAGAACCUUCUAGCUCGGUUGACAAGCAUUCUGAAGAGUUGGAGAUGGAUCAAGAUGUACCAUUGGAUGAAGCAGUAAAAGAUGCAAAACACUUAAAGCCACUUUCAGAGGAAACUUACACGUCGAGCACUUCUAAAGAUUGCUUAACAGUUGACGACAAUGAAACGAAAAACCAGUGUUCUCGUAGUACAGACGAAGAAGACAAAGAGCUGCAACGGUCCACUGAGAAUCUACCGGAAGAAUGUUCAAUUGAGCAGUCAGUGAAAGAUAGAUCAAACGAGGAAAAUGCUGUAAGUCAUACCACUGCAGAAACUGUUGAAAACCAGGGUGAUGAAGAGGUGCUGUGUAGUGUUCAGGAUAAAGUGGAAUCGGGUGAGGAGGAACUAAUGAAGGAAAGGAAAGUGAUGCACUUUACCAAUUCGUCGGACACUGCUGAACAGGCGAACGAUUCGAAAGAGAGUGAAGGAAAGGAGAAAAGUGAAAAUUUGCAUUUUACCAAUCCACCCGAUACUGUAGAGCAAGUGCAAGAUAAGGAGAAGGCGUCUACCGCUAUGGAAGUAGAUUCGACAAAUAGUUAGAACUCGGAGCCACUUCCUCUGUAAUUUUCUAUGUACAACUUUCUCUCGCAAAGAGCAUCAUUUACGACUAUGACCCAAAAAGUUACUUUUGAAGGGUAGUGGGUGUUAUUGCAGUAUCAAUGUACAAUACAACACUUAAGAUUCGCUGCCCCUCAUCAUGAGUGUAGGUUAAGGUAUUAUCUAUCGGAGUAUGUCCCUAAGCUGAGCUUAGUCAUAAGGUUAUUCAAUAUUGUAACGAAUAACAUUUCUCACAUGUGCGAUACAUCAAUACAAUAAAUCUAAUUACGAAUCAUGAACUCUUCCCGCAUAAUGGUAGUAGAUAAUGAGUAUGGAACUUUGGUAUUAUGUUAGCGAAUGAUAGCGGUGGAGAAAGCAAACGAAUGUUCCGUACCUUGUUAUCUAGAAAUAAGCCAUUUCGGAAUAUUACACUGACAGGUCAUUGGCUGCUACGAGUAUAGUCCUAGGUAUGUUGGUAGGCCGUG